UCUUGAGUUUUACGGCAAUGAUGUUCUCUGGGGCCGGAUGUUGCUGGGCACAGAUGGUGUGCGGGAAGGGCUGCAGGUACUGGUGGUAUUGUUCGUGUCAUGGCCCAGCAGUUUAUUUCUUAAACUUUUUUUUCCUCUUUUCUCUUUUUGCGCCUCCAGAAAGAGUAUUUUCUCCACCGCAUCAAGUCUGAAACUAGCAGAAAGGCCCCUUUCUCUUAUUCACACUUUAUUAUCCCGCUCAGCCUCGCCCUUCUGCUCCAAGACAUCUUGUCUCUUUAUUUUAUUUGUUGUUACUUGUUCUUUGGGAGAAUUCCAGCCUCGGAGUCAUCCGCUCUUCUUUGUUGGGUUCCACCCGGCUCCAGUCUUGGUCUCUGGGUGACGGGGAGGAGCUGACGGGCUCCUCCGCGCUGAGGAAUGGAACUUGACGGCGCUGAGACUUCGCGGGAAGGCGCUUCUUUGCCUGGAGACCGGUCUCCCUCUGCCCUCGGGCACGCCUUCUCCAAGAUUUUGCUUUAUCUUACCGGCCUGGAGGCACGAAGGCGCAACACAAGAGAUAUCUCUUUUAAAGACCUCAUUGCUCUAAUAGAAGCCACAGAAUGUGACAGAUUAUUUGAGAGGGGUGGUGAACCUCACCACAAAAUGCCGGAGACACUGGGGGAGGUGGCAAAAGCCCUGGAGAAGUAUGCAGCCCCACCCAAGGAGGAGGAAGGGGAAGGUAACGGUUACUCUGAGGUGGCCGAGAAAGCAGCAGAAAUUGGACUGGUAUUUCUUAAGCUCUUGGGGAAAGUUGAGGAUGCCAAAAAUUCUCUGGUCUGCCCUGCGUGGAAGACAGGCCUGCGUCACUUGGCAGGACCUGUCUAUGUUUUUGCCGUCACACACAGCUUAGAGCAACCAUGGACCAGCCCAAGAUCUCGGGAGGUGGCAGGACAGGUGCUUGCCUUUCUGCUUCAAAUUACUGAAUGCAGUUCUGUGGCAGGGUUCCUAUGCGGGGAAAACGAAGAGGACAAAAGGAGAUUUACUGUGAUCCUGGGGCUUCUCAAACCCACUUUGAAUAAGGAAUCCUGGAAGAAUAACCCUGCUGUCAAACACGUUUUCUCAUGGACUCUGCAACAAGUCACUCGGCCCUGGCUAAACCAACACCUAGAGAGGAUACUCCCCCCAUCCUUGCUCAUUUCAGAUGAUUAUCAGACUGAGAACAAAAUCCUAGGUGUACGCUGCCUACAUCACAUUGUGCUUAAUGUGCCGGUUGCUGAUUUGCUGCAGUAUAACAGAGCCCAAGUCCUCUAUCAUGCCAUUUUCAACCAUCUGUACAUGCCAGAGUACCACCUCAUUGAGGCUGUGCUCUUAUGUCUGCUGGAUUUAUUUCCUGUCCUGGAGAAAGCCCAGCACUGGAAGGGAGAUGCAGCCCGAACCACCACACACUGUGAUGAGGUGCUGCAGCUGAUCCUGACCCACAUGGAGCCAGAGCACCGCCUGCUUUUGCGCAGGACUUACGCAAGGAACCUACCAGCCUUCGUGAGAAGGUUGGGGAUCCUAACCGUCCGGCAUUUAAAGAGGCUAGAGAGAGUCAUCAUUGGUUACCUGGAGGUGUAUGAUGGGCCAGAGGAGGAGGCUAGGCUGAAGAUACUGGAAACCCUAAAACUUGUCAUGCAGUACAGUUGGCCCAGAAUUUCCUGCAGACUUGUGGUCUUAUUAAAGGCUCUCCUGAAGCUGAUAUGUGAUGUGGCAAGAGACCCGAGCCUUACACCUGAGCCUGUUAAGAAUGCCCUGCUACAGGAGGCCACAGAUGGCCUGAUCCUGUUGGACCGCUGCUCUCGAGGACAGGUAAAGGAUCUCCUGGCGAGAACCCUCCUGAGCUGUACAGACACCACAGUGGUGAGCUGCAUCAGGCGAGUGCAGCAGGACUCUGAAGAGCCUUGUCAAAGGCGUGAAUGGGGAAGUUGUAGAUGUCGCCAUACUGAAGAAGGAACAGAUGACAGCUUUAACUGUGUGUGGGAAUUGCACUUCAGUUUCCACUAUUCUACAACCAUAUUAUUUUUUCCUCACUGAUUAAAUGAGAAUACUUAAUAUGAUGAGGAACAUUUCUGUAUUAUUUGCAAGCCUAGUGCUGGCCAUUUUUGGUAUUUACAUAACCAGUGGUUAACAUCAAAUAGGUGGCCUAUAUGAGAGACAGAACCAAGUCAUUAAAAGUUUAGUAGUUUAUGAACCCUAUCCAUUGGGACAAAUGGAGUUUUGUUGACAAGAGGCAAUAAUAACGUAUUUUUAACAUGUUGUCUGUAAAUGACAUUGAUUUUUUAAAAGAUUUUAAAACUUAUUUCAAAGAACCUUAAAAGAUUAGUGUAAUACAUGGGAGGAACCCUAAGGGUUUUACAAAGACCAGGCACUGCUGAGUUUGGAAUGACAAACGAAAAUAAUGGCAAAUGGCAAGGUGUCCUAUAAAUUGAGUCAAGGGUAAUGAAAGCAUUUUAUGUGCUCCCACUGAUGAACUAAAAUGAGAAACCCAGGCCUAUGUGAAUUUCUUUUAUUCCAAGGAUAAAAUCAGAGUGGGAACCUUUCUAGCAUCUUUAAAAAUAAAACACAUUCCCCAAAAUUUCUUAGCAUGCUACCACUUAAAAUCUGCUUAUACCCCAGAGCUACUGGUUUUCUCACCGUGUCUUGUUUCAGUCUCUCCAGCAGUUCCUUCUCAAUGGCAUUGUCCAGCUGAGCAGCUAUUAAUGCCUUUUCCUGUUCAAGAAAAGAACAAACCCAUUUGCUUCACUGGUGCUUUUUUCAGUCCAUGGAGGUAGAAGAAACUACUAAGUUUUUAAUAAAAAACAAAAUUUAAUCAUGCCCCACUACGUACUAUUGCUGGGGUUUUUGCCACUCCAACCACAUAAUUUCUUUCUUCUUCCCCCUCAAAUCCUCUUGGGAAGCUUUCAAUUGAAAGGUUCUGUUUUAUAAAUACUGUUUUAAAAAAUG